AUGGACUACUUUCGAGCUGUGGCUCUUUCAGGAGAAAAGAGUCAACGUGUACUUGAUUUGACCUCCUUUAUUAUAUCGCAUAAUCCUGCUCACUAUACCGUAUGGAAGUGCAGACAAGACGUCCUGCAAGAACUCAAAUCCGAUCUACAUCAAGAAUUAGAAUGGGUCACGGAAUUGGUUGAAUCACAACCGAAAUCAUAUCAGAUCUGGCAUCAUCGCCAAGUAAUAAUGGAACGUCUAAACGACACAUCAACCGAAAAGGCCUUCCUAAACGACAUGCUCCAAGACGAUUCCAAGAACUACCAUCUAUGGACGUAUCGUCAAUGGCUGCUUACUCAUUUCGGUGGUGCUCUAUGGGACGAUGAAUUGAGUGACGUAAAUGUGUUGAUUGAUCAAGAUGUGAGGAAUAAUUCAGCAUGGAUGCAUCGGUAUUUCGUGCUGGUAAAUCGGCCUGGUGGAUUUGGUGAGAGUUUGGAUGAUGAGAUACAGUAUGUCAUGACUAAGAUUAAGCUGGCACCAAGGAACGAAUCGCCUUGGAAUUAUGCAAGAGGGAUCAUAUCACACAACUCUAAGUCCUUGGACGAAAUAACACCCGUGUACGAUCUCGCAAAGUCGUACAUAAACUCGAAAAUCCCACAAGCUCUGUUAUACCUAUUAGAUGUAUACGAGCUGCAAUUGGAAACGGGUGAUAAGAGUGCUUUGAACUCUGCUCAAGAGACAUUGAACUUUUUAAUAGAGCAUGAUCCUAUUCGUGCCAAAUACUGGAGUUAUCGACAUGCUGAACUUGAGAAACUACAACAUUCGUAA